CUGAGCGCAGUCGAUCGCAAAACCACAUGGAGCUGGAGAAUAUCGUAUUGAAAGUAUUGUAGUGUUGCAGUGACGGUCCAAGUGUUUUGAGUGCAGGUAAAACAGGGCCUCGAAUUUCGGCGCCUUGAAGAAGAAGAGUGCAACGGCCUUUCAGUAAAUAUAUAAAAAAACUGGAAAAAUGGACGGGUCGUACGAUUUGGACACGAUGAUGGGCUACCUGGGGGACUUCGGGAAGUAUCAGGCAUGGCAAUUCACGUUACACAUUCUAUCAGCCGUCACUGCAGGACUCAAUAUGUUGUCUCUGGUAACAGUGGCAGCUGUACCAGAUCACAGAUGCGAAAUUCCAGGAAUAGACUUAAACGGCACUUUUACUCCAUUAAACGAUUCCAUGAAAGAGAUAUUCAUUCCAAGAUUGGCAUCCGGCAAGUUUGAUAGCUGUUCACUAUUUAACAUCACAACAAAUUCAACUUAUAAGUGUGACUCAUGGGUUUUCGACCAUCAGUACUAUGGGACUUCCCGUGCUAUAGAGUGGAAGUUUAUAUGCGAUCAGAGGUGGAUGGGUGCUGUUGCCCAGUCUAUGUAUAUGUUUGGUGUAUUCACUGGAGCAGUUGUUUUGGGAAAUCUCGCUGAUAAAGUUGGAAGGAAACCAAUCUUUUGCUGGUCUGCAGUACUGCAGUUGGUGCUCGGUGUUGGAGUAGCAUUUACUCCAGAGUACUAUUCUUUUCUCUUCAUACGUUACCUAUAUGGAAUUUUCGGAUCUGCCGGUAGCUACAUACCUGGGUUUGUACUUACUAUGGAAUUAGUAGGUGCCAGCAAAAGGUCCAUGUGCGGGGUGGCUUUCCAGGCUGCCUUUGCGAUGGGAUUCAUGCUGGUAGCUGGUUGGGGAUCAUUUAUAAAAGACAGACAAAUACUCCAAAUUAUAUACGGCUGCCAUGCUAUAGUUUUAGUGGGCCAUUUUUGGCUCAUGGAUGAAUCUCCUAGGUGGUUAUGGGGACAAGGAAGGAUCAAAGAAGCUGUAGAUAUUGUAAAAAAGGCCUUGAAGAUGAAUGGCAGCCCAAUUAAUUUAGAAACUGCAGAAUUCGUUAGUAAAGGCAAGUCCGAAACUAGAACUAGUGGAGAAAGUGCUGGAGUUUUAGACCUGUUCCGAACUCCAAAUUUAAGGAAAAAAACUUUGAAUGUCAUGCUGUGCUGGUUUGCCAAUUCUCUUGUGUACUAUGGACUUUCAUUAAGUACUGGAAGUCUAGAGGGAAACCCUUACGUUACAUUAUUUUUGAUGGGUUUGGUAGAAUUACCAAGUUACGUUGUGACGGUUUACCUGAUGGAUCGAUUAGGCAGACGAUCACUCACGGCGUUCGAGAUGAUUGCUGGAGGUAUUUGCUGCAUAAUCGCAGCUAAUUUGGCAAUGGGUAGCAUAACAUCGACAUCUUUCGUAUUUAUUGGAAAGUUUCUAAUAGCAGGUUCUUUUGCUAUUAUAUACAAUUAUUCGGCAGAAUUGUUUCCGACAGUUAUCCGUAAUUCUGCAAUGGGAUUAGGCGCCAUGUGCGCUAGGACAUCUGGAGCUCUCACUCCACUGAUUACACUUCUAGACUCAUUUGACCCUAAGAUGCCUGCAAUCAUCUUUGCAGUGAUUGCACUCAUUUCAGGUUUCUUCGUUAUGUUCCUACCAGAAACGUUGCACAAAUCUAUGCCGCAAACCGUUCAAGAUGGAGAGGAAUUCGGUAUUGGUGAUACAUGUUUCAGUGCAAUGUGUGGAAAAACUAAACUGGAUGAAGACGAAAAAGAGAAACCAGUGUUGAAGAAGCCCCAAUCAGAACUGCAGCCUUUAAAGUGAAGGAAUUACCGAUUAAAAGUGUAUAUAGCCGAUUGAAUAUAUUGAUAGCUCUGUGCUUUUUUGCACAGAUUGUUAUUUUGUCCACGAUAUUUAUUAAAUAAAUAUUUUUAUAAUGCUAUA